AUGUAUGGUUUCCGGGAACUCUCCACACUGGUAGUCGCUGUGAUGGCUUUGGUCAUCUCUGCCAUUCCCAAGACUGCCUGGACAUUCGUAUUCACCCGAAGGUACUUGCGGGUACCGGUUGAUGCGCCGUGCAGGGCACGAUCGCUUCGCUGCACCGUUCAGGAAUACAACUUUCCGCGCCGCUGCGGUCUCUGUAAAAUUCGGUACCCCAUCCGGACAUUGUCACGCUUUCACUCCUCUGACCGCAGCCAGGUGACCCCCGAAACCUUGGUCCUGCUGCUCUCACUGUCGCUGUUCUCGCUUCCCGCUCAACCGGGCACAUCGUCGACUGCUCCGGUGCUGCCCUGGGCGGCCGCCCGGGCACGUUUUCCCUGGAGCUGCCUUGCCCUCACAGCCUGCGGGCAAGUGCACGUCGCCUUCUUCCAGCGUUCAGGCAUGAACGACGUGCUGGUCUCGUGGGUGAAGAGCAUUUCCGGGAAGACGUCGCAGGGCUUCGUCCCGCUGCUGGGCAUCCUCUCCACGCUUACGGCCGAGCUGACCAGCAAGGACAAGGGCGUCUCCUUCCUCCUGCCCACACUGGACGCCAUCGUAAGCGUUGCUAGCUGUGGUAAACCGGCUGUGCGACACGCCGUAAAUGACGCGAAAGAAGGGCCUCCGUACUCUUAA